GCAACAGAGGCAUCUGUGAGCUUUUACUACAAGUCAUAAAAACAAGAGGAGAGGAGUUUCAAGAUAAGCCGCUGUGCUGAACGUAAAGAAUCUGAGAAAGCUGAAGGAGAAGAAAAAGAAAAAGAAGAAGGAGAAGAAGAAGCAGAGCCUGAAACGUGAAGAAAAAUAGAAAGAAACCUCAAUUCGUUCUAUCCACCAAACCUCUAAGCAGCAGGAGAUCCGUUUCCUAGACCAUGUCUCUGGACGUGAAGGAGAAGACCCAGGUGCGUCUGGUGUUCAUGGGAGCAGCCGGCGUAGGCAAGACUUCGCUGAUCCGUCGCUUCCUGAACGACUCGUUUGAGACGAAACACAGGCGCACGGUGGAGGAGCUGCACAGCAAAGAGUACGAGUUCUCGGGCAUCAAGGUGACCGUGGAGAUCCUGGACACGAGCGGCAGCUACUCGUUCCCGGCCAUGCGCAAGCUCUCCAUCCGCAACGGCGACGCCUUCGCACUCGUCUACUCCAUCGACGAUGCAGAGUCUCUCGAGACGGUCAAGAAUCUGCGCGAUGAGAUCCUGGAGGUCAAGGAGGACAAGUUCACGCCCAUCGUGGUGAUUGGCAACAAGAGAGACCGUGAUGAGUGCAGGCAGGUGAGCGUCGAAGAUGUCCUGGCUACGGUGGAGCUGGACUGGAACAACAACUUCCUGGAGGCAUCAGCGAAGGAGAACGAAAAUGUCGUGGAGGUGUUCAGGGAACUUCUCCAGCAAACCAACCUGCCCAGGCGGCUGAGUCCAGCACUGAGACGACGCCGAGAGACAUUUCCUAAAGACACCAGCUUCAGGCCUCCUAUGAAUAAAACCAACAGCUGCACAGUGUCCUAACCUCAGACAUCCAACACGUUGAGGACGUUUCUCCAGGAGGAGACAUCUGCAAGAUGAACAACACCUCCAUACUUCUCACUCUGUUUGAGAACACUGAGAUCUUCUCUGCAUCGUUCUUUCAUGCGGGAGAGAAAAAUGAACAUAACGAAGAACAGGUGAAAACACUGAGCAAAGAUGACAACACCCACAAUUCCUCUCUGCUUCCUGACUGCAGGUGAGGGAGGACCUGAAGGAAAAAAAAAAAAACAGAAUAAAUCUAUAAAUGAACAUGAAGGUAAAGAAGUGACAAAGACUCGUUUAAAUGUUUGUGCUGCUCCAGAAAAGACGUUCGAUCAAUGUGUUAAUAAUAUUUUGCAUAUCGUGUUAGUGUUGCUUGUAACAAAACCACGCUCGCCAUAUUGUGAAGAUUAAUUCAUAAAAAAUCAAUUAUACACCAUGCUGACAAGUUGGUUUUUUUCUGCGGGUUCUUCAGCCAGGGGUUCCUACAAUCAACUACUAUUGGUUUAGAGACUUUAUUAUCGAGUUAUAAGCUGAACGCUUGGUCAUGAGUUUUGAACGGAUUUAAUCUAAAAGCUAAAACGCUAAUUUAAAAAGUCAGCAUAUUAAAAAAAUUAUGUAAAAAAUAUAUAUUUCAAAAUAUUAUCAUUUGGUUUAUGCAGAAGAUCAUUUCAGGAAUAAAAUUUCUAAUGGCUUCAAUAAAUAAAAAUAAAUGUGAUGGUAUUAUAUCAUAUUAACCUAAUGUGCUUAAUACUUAAAUAGAGUGUAUUUCAUUCAAAAAAAUAAAUCUUUGCUUUGAUGGAAUAAUAUUAAAGGAAAUUAAAUAUAUUUUUUAGAACGGGGGCCACUCGCUGCAAAAGUUUUGGCACCCACCAUCCAGGUACACCAAGCACCGUAUAAACCGGGCAACUCAUUGUAAUUGUGCAUUUAAACAUAUUCUGUAUUCAGUAUAUUAUAUAUAAAUGUCAUGAAUUUUAUAUAUGUAUGCAUUAACUGAUGAUGUUGUUAUUAUGUUUACAUGAAGAGAUAGAAAUAUAAAAGUGUAUAAAAACAAACCCGAUGUUGUCCGCUGUUUGAUGAAUUUGUUGUUUUGGACUUGUUCAUAUGCACUUUGUCGAGUAUUUUUUUACGUAUACGUAAAAUGUUUUUUUUUUUACAUGAACCGUACAUGAAUGUAUACAAUGUGUUUCAAAGAAGAAUUAAAUUCCUGAAAAUGUUUUUAUUUUCUUUUUAAAGGAUUGUACUCUCUCUGAAAUUGUACUCUACUGUCUAUACCCUACUAACGACAAAGUGCAUUAUGGGUAUUGUGUACUUCAGGUUAACAUAUGUUGUCCACUGUAGUUAAUAAACAACAAAAUGAUAAACCUCAGAACAGUGCACUAUGUAGUGGAUAGGGUGCAGUUUUUGGACGCUUGCUGCAUGUUAGGAGUUGCACGUGUUAAUAAAUGGAUGGCAUUAACAGAAUUUUAAAAAUAGAAGCAGUUUGUUGGUUAAUGUUCAUGGAGAUUUUAGUUUCAUACAUGACUUUCUUAGAGGAAAUUGAAUUGUCUUUGUUUUAAAAACGCAUUUUUGGAAAAGUCAAGAUUGGUAAUGUAAUAAACAAUCCAAUGAAAAGA